AUGUUUACACCUGUCGAGACUUCCAUCGGUGCCUUUCUGCUACACCAAGCGACUAGCAACCUCCUCUAUCAGAAUGGCGAUAUCCUGGGACUCAGCGGCUAUCUGCGUCGACUCUUCUCUGCGCCUACGAAGGAACUGCUCGCUUUCUUCACGGGCAUGGCUGCCAGCUAUGUUCCGUUGAAGGCAUUAGCACCGCAGUUGAUCACGGAGUAUCCUGCUGUACAGACAAGUCCACAGAGUGCUCUGUUUACGCUAGCGAUUGGUGCUCUGAUAGGAUGGGGAACAAAGAUGUCGAAUGGGUGUACAUCCGGACACAUGCUGUGUGGACUCCCCAGACUGAGUGGACGCUCAGCAAUCGCAGUUGCUACCUUCUUUCCCGCGGCGAUCAUAACACAUCACCUCGUCAAUCCGAGCCUAUCGAGUCCGAUGUGCCCCGGCAGUGCACCAUGCUACACGCCUGUGUAUCCAUCAACCGAGACAACCGCAUCUCUUCUCGUACUCGCCAUAUUCAGCAUCUUCGCCGCGCGAACCAUACCCAAACUCGUAGCCCAGGUCACGGUUGCACCAUCAGCCAAGGACGCCAAACACCAGCCUGCGGAUACACAUACUGCUGCACGCCUUACGACGCAGUCCUUCUCCGGUCUUCUUUUCGCCCUCGGUCUUCACAUUUCGCAGAUGUCGCACCCCGAAAAGGUAGCCGCUUUCUUCUCUUUCCCGAACUUGCAACAUUGGGACCCGUCACUCGCUCUGGUCAUACUCUUCGGCGUCCUGCCCAACCUGAUCGAGAACCAGAUGAAAGGCUUCACCAGCCCGCCAUCGUUCGCCGACAAGUUUUCGCUGCCUACGAAAACACUACAAGAUGUGGAUAUAAGAUUCGUUGUCGGAGCUGCAGCUUUUGGUAUUGGCUGGGGCUUGACAGGAAUUUGUCCUGAGUUUUCGCGUUUCGGUUGGGACAAGCCUUUGUAUAUGUCGCUGUUCUUCAUGGAAAUGCGAAGCGAUAAUCGAAAGCCCUUCUCGCCGCCCCAGGGGAAGGUAGGUGCCUGCUCAAACGAUGAUCGUCUAUCCACUAAUCUCACGAUCCUCGAGGCGCCGGGCAAGGUUUUCGCCGCCGCUGGGCCUCCGCCUCCGCCCCCUCGAACUCCUCCGCCCGGUCUGCCAAAUCGGCCUCCUCCGAAUCCACAAAAUGAACCUGCGACUGAUGAGGUCUGGGAUAGGUGCAGGAGAAAGGGAUGUAUGCUCUCGUGGGCGAUGAGCCACGACGACAGCGAAGUCGGACCCCAGUACGACCCAGGACGUACCACGGCAGCAUCACCGUUCCAGGCUAUUGGUGAUCUCCAUAGAUGGAACUGGAUGUUUCAUGAUCUCGAUCACGUAGACGAUUAUUAUUUCGACUUUUAUAGGACAUGGGGUAUCGGUGACGCUCUCGCGAGUCUCGGAAUCAACCCAGAUGCAAGCAGAUACCAGGGAGGCCAGAACCACAUCGUUAACUAUCAACACUUCACGCCUAUAUAUAUUACGGCUCUCCAGGAUCAAAGAUACGACGUUAAUGGCAAGCAAUACCGAUCCACAGGUGCUGAAUUUACCUUCUCACUCAACAUCAAGGACGGCGUCAUUAUGGGCAUGGACCGUACGAGCCCCAGGGAAGCAGGCAAGACCAAAGUAUCGCCGCCAAUUACUGGUGACGGACUGCCGAAGCUCAACCAAUUCUCGGACGUGGCGUGGCUGGAUUGGCAAUUCAUGAUAGAGGGGUACAAGGGGGAUGUCAAAAACAUAAAUUACUUCAUAUCUGUGUUGAUCGUCAACCCAGAGACUAGAGCAGUGGCGAUGAGAGCAUUGCGCACUCGAGGGAAAAUUGAGCUAGAAGAUUUUCCAGGGCAGACGUUCGAACGGGGGACAGACGAAAUGAACGCACUCAUGGGCACGCCGAACAUGCAAGGUUUCGCAUAUCUGCUGGUUCAGCACAAAGCGCAGCUGGGCAACAUGUACAUCACGAAGAUCCAAGUCUUCAAGUGCGUGACGAUGCGCGAGCCUCCCUGCAUGAUCGCGUAUGUAUCCAAGCCAGACGCCCCAGUGGCCAACCCUGGCGAAGGCGAAGGCGAAGUCGUCAGACGGGACGGAGGCCGUAACGUGGCGCGUAUGCAUAAGAUCUUCGCGAAGCUGUGA